UUGAACCAAAACAACGUGAUUAUCGCGAACGUGCUGCAUUUGCAAUAUUUUCAAAAGUUUUUAUGAUCUUGAUCGAUUAUUAUUAACUUUAUGAUAAAUUAAUACAUUUUAAUGUUAUUAGUGAGAAAAUAGUAAUCAUGGGUGUCAUUCAGAGAGUAGUAAAACCGAGGAAUCACCGAACCAAACGUAUCCUUCAAAAUAGAGGUCCUAAGAUAAUCGAAAAUACUAAACAGACUUUAUUUAUACGUGGACGUAAGACGAACGAUGAUGUUUUGAAAUGUUUCAAAGAAAUGUAUUUUCUUAAAAAGCCUCACGCUACCAUUCUCAAUGAUAAACACGACAUUCUACCGUUCGAAGAUGCAGUGCCAGUGGAGAGUAUGUGCCAGAAAUUCGACUCGUCGCUAUUUGUAUUCGCUUCUCAUAACAAAAAGCGUCCAAAUAACCUGAUACUUGGCUGUACCUAUAAUUACCAUAUUCUCGAUAUGUUCGAGAUAGGCAUCAAUAACUACAAAGGAAUAAGUGAUUUUCAGGCUUUAACGCCUUCCUUAGGCGUAAAGCCUGGAUUAAUAUUCAUUGGCGAAGAAUUCGAAACAGUCCAUACGUUGAAGAGGUUGAAAAGUAUGUUCGUUGACUUAUUUCAUCAACGAGCUUCGAAUCUUGUUCAUUUACCUAGCAUGGAAUAUGUGUUCACCUUCACCUAUGCUGAAAAUAAAAUCCUACUGAGAACUUACAGAGUGAAAUUGACAAAUGUUGGUGAGCAGUCUCCUCGAGUAGAUUUAGAACCGAUGGGUCCUAACGCCGAUCUAGUUUUACGUAGACAAAUCUUAGCUUCGGAUGAUCUUUAUAAGAAAGCUAGUACCAAACCCAAGACCCAGGGUAAGAAAAUCAAGAACAUUCGUCGUGAUGCUUUCGGAUCAAAAUUGGGUCGUGUACAUAUGACUUCGCAGGAUAUGGGUAAAUUGCAAACACGUAAAAUGAAAGGUUUGAAGAAGACUCCUUUGAAACCCAAAGAGAAUCAGAAGAAAGGCAAAAAGAAAAAUAAGAAUAAGAAUAGCAAAUAAAAUGUUAAUUAGGUUUUAAGUAAUAUAGUCAGUUUUUUUUUA